AUGCCAGAACGUAAACAAAAAUGGUAGAUCCGUUGAGUUUACUCCGUAAAUACAAUGUCAAUAAAAAAGAAAUUAUCAAACGAGAUGGACAGAUUAUAAUUGGUGAAUUUUCGUGGCCCAAAAAUGUUAAGACUAACUACAUUAUUUGGGGUUCUGGCAGAUGAAACCCCAAAAGAAUAUUAUACGCUGGAAUGUUUGCUUUUUAUAUUAAAAAACGUAUCUCUCGUUCAUCCGGUGUAUGUGAGACGGGCGCAUGCGGAGAAUAUACCAGUAGUGAGAAGGCCAGAUCGUAAAGAGUUGCUAGCAUAUUUAAAUGGAGAAAUACCAAGUUGCCCUUCUAUCAAUAAGAGUGCACCUUUGGAAAUACCUACACAGGUCAAAAAAUCUGCUGAUUACGAUGGGCCUGUAAGUAUGGCUAAGAAGCCUCGCUUUGAGGAUACACAUGUGCAGAUGUGUGAGAAACUGGCUGCGAGGUUAGAUGCACCUAAAGAAGCUUCCGUAACAGUAGAUAAUGUUAAGACACUCUCAAAAAAUUGCUGCUAUUAAAGCAAAACGUUUAGCCACAAAGCGAACCACUAUUAAGGGAAACAAUGAUAUUGGGCAAGAGUAUGAUUUUAGAGCCAUGUUAGACUUGGAUUCUGACAUUACAAAGAAUAUUAUAAGUUGUGAGAGGCAAUGGGGAACGAGUACAAGAAUUUUACAGUCAACGGGUAAUUACUAAAUAUUCAGGAGAAAUAUGUCUAAAUAGUGGCAGACUAGAGCUAAUUUAACUAUUUCAACAUGUGAUUGUUAUAAGUUUCAUUAAUUAACUGAAAUAUGUGCAGAAUAUUACGUCUAAUAAAAAUCUUGAUAACACUGAAAAGUCUUAUAGCUGUUUUAC